GCCCCUCUGCUCCCCAGGGGCUAUUAGUACUGCUAUUUAACAGUGGAUGAUGGAUGGGCGAAAGGCGCGUCGCCCUUAUCUUGCCCACGCGACUUUCUUAUCGAUAAGGUUGGCACCCUUCGCGAACCAAAACAACCUCAUGUUCAUGCCAACAGCAUUCAGUAACUCUUACAUGUCAAGCCCUUCUUUGAGAAUAUGGGUGCCCCACCGACAGAUUCUCAAGUCACACCGCUGCCUACCAAUCUUCCCUUCCGCUUCGUCUCGAAGACAAUCGGCCAGGGCGCAUACGCAUCGAUACGAAAAGCCUGCCCGCUCGACAAGCCUGCUCCAAUCAUAGCAAUAAAACUCAUUAAUAAACGCCAUGCCCACACCCAAGGCAAGCUAUCCCCGAAGCAAUUGAAGACUGAAAUCACACUGCACGAAUAUCUCGGGAAACACCACAAUAUAAUACAAUGCUUUGGCUCUGGUGAAGAUGCCUGCUGGACAUGGAUAGCCAUGGAAUUGGCUGACGGGGGCGACCUGUUCGACAAGAUUGAGGCAGACGAAGGUGUGGGAGAGAACAUUGCACAUUUUUACUUCACACAACUAUUAAGUGCAGUUGGAUAUAUGCACAGCAUGGGUGUGGCACAUCGAGAUCUCAAGCCUGAAAAUGUGCUACUGAGCGCAGAUGGAGAUUUGAAACUGGCAGAUUUCGGACUCGCGGCGCUGUUUGAGAAGUCAGGAAAGACAAGAUUAUGCACCACAGUUUGCGGAAGUCCACCAUACAUUGCACCGGAGAUAGUUUCUGGAAAGAAAUUGAGAAACAGUGGCAAUUCAGAUGUGGGAUACGCAGCUAAUAUCGCCGAUAUAUGGUCCGUUGGUGUUGUGCUUUUUGUCUUACUUGUUGGGAACACACCUUGGGAUGAACCUACGGCACGAAGCUAUGAGUUCCAAGAAUACGUAACGACUAAAGGCCAUACCACCGACGAGCUAUGGCAGAAGCUUCCACAAGAUAUCCUAUCACUCUUGCGUGGCAUGCUGAGAGUUGAUCCUCACAAACGCUUCACCCUCGAUGAAAUUCGCACACACCCCUGGUACACCCGCCAAAACCGAUUCCUCUCAGCUUCAGGUAAAGCCGCAGAUCCCAUCAAUAUGGCGACACAAAUGAUGGAAUCGCUUCACGUCGACGUCAAUGCGCCCAUAUCUACAUCACAGCAACGAGGCAACUCGCAGCAUGACUCAAUGGAAAUAGAUACGCCUGUUGCAGAACACAUAUCACGGCUUGCGGCCACUCAGCCAGAAACGCCUACUUCAGACACGCCUUUUGACUGGGAGAGGCCUGUACCGGUUGCAAGUCAGCCUGUGACGAACGGCUCAACAUACAUCAUACCGGAUGUGAGCCUCAUGACUCGCUUCAAUGAAGACCUCUCACUCAGCCAAUUCUCGCAAAAUCCAUCCGUCCCUCUAUCUCUCACACAGGCGGCGCGCAAGUUCGGUGAUAUCGUGCCGUCGCAUUCGCUCACGCGCUUUGUGUCAGCCCUGAAACACUCUUUACUUUUGCCACUUCUGUCAGAAGCGUUGCACCGCCUUGGUGUACCAAUCCCAGCAUUUGGUGACAGGGAAUUAACGGGGCAGGAAACCAUGGUUUGGAUUAGAGUCAAAACGGUUGAUGGGCGGAGCCAAGGUCUGAACGGUCAGAUCGUUGUCGAGAGGCUGGGGACAGAAUUCUUGCAGGUUAGCUUCGAGCGUAAGAAAGGCGAUCCGUUGGAAUGGAGGAGGUUUUUCAAGAACGUAGUAGUGCUGUGUAGGGAUGCUGUGCUGAGGCCAGCAGAGUAGAAUUGCUAGUGGCGAUACCAUCAUAUCCGACCGAACUAUUGUGUGGUACUGACGGGCUUAUCUUGGGUAGAAUGACUUGUAUU